AUGAGGGUGUGUUUUAAUGGAUGUGCGUUGGGUUUGGGCCGAAUAUUUUGGUUGCUAGUUGGAUUGGGUUUUGUUCGCUGUGACAACGAUGGGGACGAAUUAUUAGAGUGUAUGUGUAUGUGUGGGUGCUUUCUUGUGAAAUUGCUUGUCGGCCUUGUAAAGAACCUUGUUGGAUCCAAGAAAGAGCCUGAAAUAGGAGAUGACGUGGAUAAAGACUCUGUUGAAACGCCUAAAUUAUUGAAUGGUGCUCUAAAUGAUUCGUUAUCUAAUCCACUGCCAAACCCAGGAAACAAAGAAGUGCAAACUGAGGCGUUAAGCCCAUACAAUUGA